CUUCGCGGAUUCUGCGCUGUCUGCUGAAGAACCGGGCGGGAUUUCCGCAAUACAUUCAGUAUGGCGAAGACCUACGAUUACUUGUUUAAACUGCUUUUAAUCGGGGAUUCCGGCGUCGGGAAGACCUGUGUGCUGUUCAGAUUCUCGGAGGAUGCCUUUAACUCGACGUUUAUCUCGACGAUAGGUAUUGAUUUCAAGAUCAGGACAAUAGAACUAGAUGGCAAGAAGAUAAAGUUACAGAUAUGGGACACGGCAGGACAGGAGCGAUUCCGAACGAUCACAACGGCGUAUUACAGAGGUGCAAUGGGUAUCAUGCUGGUUUAUGAUAUUACUAAUGAGAAAUCAUUUGACAACAUCAAAAACUGGAUCCGAAACAUAGAGGAGCAUGCAUCAGCCGAUGUAGAAAAAAUGAUUUUGGGGAACAAAUGUGACAUUAAUGAGAAGAGGCAGGUGUCUAAAGACAGAGGCGAGAAGCUGGCGUUAGAGUACGGCAUCAAGUUCAUGGAGACGAGUGCGAAGGCUAAUAUCAACGUUGAGAACUCAUUCUUAACGCUCGCCAGAGACAUAAAAUCAAAGAUGGACACGAAAUUGGAGGGGAACAAUCCUCAGAGCAGCAACCAUGGAGUGAAAAUAACCACUGAACAGCAGAAAAAGAGCAGCUUCUUUCGCUGUGUGCUACUGUGAAGACCAAGGCCUUACUGUCCGCCAACCGUGGGCUGAACACGACUGGACUACACUUUCACUCUCAGCACUCCUCCUCCUUCCUCUUUAUCCCAUCUCUCCUUCUCUGUCGCGCUCUUCUUCCAGCCCUAGGGCAGUCGGAGUUCCCAGCUCCUCUAAUCUUCUUCCAUUGACUGAAUAGCGAUGCCGCUUCCUCUCGCUUAUGACCCUUCCCCGAUGAAACAGUGGUGGGAAAGCAUUGGUUCUGCAAGUCAAGGUGAAGAACUGGGUGCUGAUGCAUCGUCGCAAACAUGCACCUAAAGAAGAUCCCACAUCUUUGUUUCAAUCGCUUGUUUUUUGAGCGCACAACUGCCAAAAUUGAUCCAUUCCUUUCGUGGCGACCCGGAAGAAGUCUGGGUCGGGCCACAGAGCGUGGUCUGAUAUUGAGCCAGUUUUGAGAGUUACGUGGGACUUUCUUUAUCAUUCCAUUUCCAUGCAUUCUUCGACAAUCACAUGACCUUAUUGUAAGUAGAGGAAUAUUAUAACCCACCUCUUAGAUGCUUUUUCCUUUCUUUCAUUCUUAAAAAAAAAUUGCAGUUUUUGGCCCUGGUUUUAUUUUUCAGACCUGUUACACAAACUUGCUAUAUUAAACGAAGAAGGAUCCUACUUUUUAUUCAUUAAGACACGUUUGCUGCCUCGUUAAAACUAACCUUCUCUUUUUUUUAACAUGCACACAAAGCGGUUUCCAAAUAGAUCAGCGCUAGCUUUCGUUUCUUUGAGUAAGUACAAAACUCAGGUCUUUAUUAUGACCUGAAAACGGCCCAACAUGAAAGCAUUCUGUAAUUAACAACACUUGACUGGUGUAAUCAAAUGAAACUGACACCUCGCCCUUGAUAGGAAGUGAUAGGAAAUCCUGAGUUUGUAGUAUUAAUAAAUAUGCGUAACCAAAAGCAAUGAGAGAGGGCGACUGUGUAACCUGAAAAGCAGAGCUAUACUUGAGAAAGCACCUCGCGUAUACAGAAGUUCAAGCACUUUAUCAGUAUCUUUUGUGUUGUGUGUAGUUUGUGCCAAGUGAUAGUUUUGCAUCAUAAAGACAGGCAUUUUGACAUGGAAUAUGACCUGCCAAAUUCAUGUUCGUUUUGAGAUUCCCCCAAACAUUUUCUUGAGUUAGUCCUAACACUCAUCCUGAUGGUAAGCCAAAGCUGGUUUUAUGCAUUGGCUGCAGUUCUUCUGUCAGUAGUUUUGUUCAUUUUGAUCAUAUUCUUGUAUUCUGAAUGGACUGUACAUGUAGCAUCUGCAUUACAAUCCUUCAACAUGUCAGUCUUAAUUAAGUUGGGUUGCACAGUGUAAAAGCAAACAGCUUUGGUUCGUGUGACUAGGAUUAACUACCCAGAACACAGUAAUCCAGCAUUCCUGAGUUUUGAAUAGCGUGUUAUCAUAAGCACAUGCAAGAAAUGCAAUGCUAAGAGAGUUCAAAAGCAAGCUACGUUUUCAAACGGAGUCACAAGAGACCUUUAUUCAGAGAAAUUGUGUAGUUUUUCCUUUGCACCGCAGUAUACGCAAAUGUACAUUUUGUAGUCAUUAUAAAAUGAAACAUGUCCAUUGGUGCAGUUGUGUUCACCAGCAAUAGGUCAGGAAACUUUACCAGUUUAGAUUUGAGGGAGAAAAGAAAAAGUCAAUUAUGAAGAUCCAAAUCAAAACCUGACGAGAACACAUUCAGGUCAGAUUUCACUGCAAAAAAACUGUUUAUGUAGCAUUAGCAAAAGUUAAGUAUCUACAUAAAAUAAAACUACUUGCAUAUUAGACAUUGUGGGUUGUACCAGCAAAAAAAAAAAAAAAAAUCACAGAAAUAGAUUUUUAUUUAAUUUUUUACAUAAUGAGAAUUCAGGAAGUUAAUUAUGAAACUGUCACAAAAAAAUAAUAUAUUUAUAACUCAUCCGUUUGAUUUGGGGUGAAAUGUGACCUGAAAGUGUUUUUAAAAGAUUAAAAGGCUAAGAAGAACAGUGUUUGACUGUUGUCGAGACAGAAGUGCAUUAGAUUCUCUUCUUUCUGCAACAUGGCACAUGCUAAAAAUGGCCACUUUCCUUUUCUUUUCCCAAGCUUAAUCGUUGAUCAACUUGAAAUGACUUCCUGUUUGCACCUUGUUCUGUUUCCACCUCGAGGAGAUGCUGUUUUGGGACCGUAUUUGCUUUAGAAGCUGUAUGUCUUCAUCUUUACACACAGCAUCUCUCUUCACUCCCUGUCCAACAGUGUCUUGCCGUUUGUCUUAAUAACUAAUACUUGAUCUUUCAUUUUGGAUCUAUGCAUCAUGAAGGUUAUACUGUUGACCCCCUGUGUGUUUUGUCUGUGUGUGCGUCUGUGUUUAUUAUUUUCUGUAGACGUCCUGUACAUUGAAGCCUUCUUCUGGUUGUCUGUUCUGAGCUUUAGAAAACAGUCUGCAGUUUAAAACAUGUAAACGGACCUCAGAUGAAAUUUAAUCUGGCGUUUUAAAGUGAUGGAAUAAAAUGCAAAAACAA